AUGGCAUGCUUGGUCACGAAAAGCAUGUCAACGGUAAUGUCAGCCAUCUUCUGUUAUCUUCUCCGUGAGAAAGAAUUCAUCAAUGAGGGACGUAAUCUUCUUCGUGAACUACCAGAUAUUGAGCUAUGCCAUAAGGAGAACAGAUUUAAAAAUGUGGAUGGAAUGAUUCAACGUCUAAAUAUACAAAAUACCUCGAUGUGGAAGUUUAUUAUGGUCACUAGAGAGCCGGUUGAUCGUUUUUUAUCGGGAUUUAUUGAUCGUUGCAUACGGUAAGU